AUGGGCGGGAAGCCGGUCGGAAAGGGCGGCAAAUAUGGUGGCGGCCGCGGGGCCGUCGGAAGGGGCAGCCCAGGCAAGGGCAAAGGCAAGCCAAGCUUCCGCCAGCAAGAGGGGAAGCCCGAUGGCACCGCAAAGACCGAGUCCCUGAAAGCCCAGUAUCUCCACAAGCAGCGAGGCGAGGAUCCUGCUCAGGAUUCCCAAGCGAGGGAACAGGAACCCGAAGACAAAGCCGCAGUGCUCCGGGACCGGCUUCUGCGCAAGAAGCAGGAGCAGCAGAAGAACCAGGUGAGGGCUGCCCAUGACCCUGCCACAAGACACGGCGCGACCGCGGUAACGGUGGACCUCUCGUCUGGCGAGCCUCGGGCGGGUGCGCAGGCAGAGAAGGCCCGCUUCGCAUCAGCUGGCGCAGGAGCGCGUGGAGCCGCAGCCCUAGGCACUGCUUCCGAUGCCAAGACACGUGUUGUGGAGGUGGAGGCUGCUUCUAGUUCCGCAGAUGCGGCUCUUAAUGAGGAGGAGCGAAAGAAGCAGCUUCGCGGCCAGCGGUUCGCGCAAACCACAGGUGCGGCUCCAGGUGCACCUGCGCCAGGCCCCAAGCCAGCCGGAGCUCCGCCUGGUGUUGUGAGUUCUCCUGAGCCGAUUUCACCAACAGGUGCCGAGAUGCCUGCCACGAACUUACCAGCGACGCCUAGAACAGAAAAGAAGGACCCUUCCCCAGUGGCUCAGGCUGCAGGCGCCGGUCCUGCGAAAGCGCUGGCCCAAGCCGCCACGGCGGCAGCCGCAGCUGCCGUACCCGCCGUACCCGUAACGGUGCCGCCGAAGCGCAAGGCUGUGCCGGCCCCGCCAGCUACACCGGCGCCGCCGCCGACCUCAAAGCCAGCACAGAGCAGACCAGUCGUGAAGCCUCCUUCUACGCCGGCUGCAACAUCCACGCCGUCCGCACCUGCCGCAAAAUCCACCGCGCAGCCCACGCAGCCAGGCCCGCAGCCUCCUCCAGAGGAGAAGAGGAGGCGGCUGCUCGCGAAUGCUCUGCAGCGCCAGGCCAGAACUUCAGCACCGCGCAAGCGACCACCUUCUCUUCUGACAGGUGGUGCGCAGGCCACUAAGGAGGUGGACGCCGAGCUGGCGUUUCAGCAGAAGUGGUUCAACACAAAUCGGCAGAAGUGGCUGCGCUUGCUGCCUCCUGAGGAGAGCAAAGCUCACAGACCAGUUCAGCCCUAUUCGGCUGAAACCGCGCAGAAGCUGGAGGCGUUCCUCAAAAGUCUGGGUAUGCUGGAAAGCUGA